CUUUUUCUCUGCGGCCUCGUUGUAACUUCGCUGCUGUUUGUGACUGUUUAAAGCUCCGGUAGUCUCAGUAGAGUCUCUGCUGCUCCGCCCGGAGGAGCUCUGCUCAGCUCAGCUCUGCUCUGCCUCUCUUCCAUCUUUAAGCCUCGUUGCCAGGCGAAGAAGAUGUGACAACUAUCGCCCUGGUGCUCUAUUCAUUGUCCUGCAUGUAGAGUGUUGAACAGAUACACAUACUGUGCUGCUGAGACACUUCAAUCCGACUGGCUUCAACAAGCAGAACCUCAGGAACCUCAAGACAGCGAUGGAUCCCAGCGAGGGGUCUGGACGAGGCAGGAGAGCCUCCAGUCCCUCCUCUGGGACACCCAUGGGUGCCAAGGGACCAGUAGCACUGAGUGGUCCACGGCUCAAAGUGAAGAUAACUCCCUUCCACAGCUCAGCCAUAGUCCGCAGUGAUGGAGCUGUCCGGAUCAAACGACUAGGAGCAGCUUCUGCUGGCAGCCUGCUGCUGGACACAGCUGCUCGGCUGACUGCUCCACCUGUCAGAGGGAGACCCUCUGCUGCUGCUGCUGCUGCUACUUCUGGGAGCUCAGAGGAACCAACUCCCAGUUCAGCAUCUGUACUGGCCGCAGCUGGAGAAAAAGCACAGCCUGCUGGCAGGAAGACACAAAAGUCGAGCACGGAGCUUCGUCACGGCCAGAAAGGCAGAAAGAGGAGAGCUGUCUCCACCUCCAUCAAGCCUCCGUCUGCUGCGAAGAGGAGGAAGAGGAAGAUGGGAAUGUACAACCUGGUCCCCAAGAAGAAGGCCAAGGCCCUUAAGCAGCAGGAGAAGAAAGAGGAACCAGAACCCAGUGUGGAGGAGAACAGAGCCGCAGCAGAUGAGAAACCAGUGAUUCUACCCGAGACUCUGAAGGCCGGAGAGCCGACAGUCUUCAGGAAUGAAUCGUCGGUGGAGGUGGAACCUGGAGAAGGCUGCCGUGUUGAAUACACAGAGCUGGCUCUGGACUGUCUGGAUCUGAAAGCCCAGGAAGAGCUGCUCUCACCUACCCAGUCAGGUGUAGCAGCGGGUGCUGAGGUAACAGAAACAGACCUGGCGGAGGAGUUACCACUGUGCUGCUGUCGUAUGGAGACUCCUCACAUCGGAGGCAGCCUGUCCACUCUGGAUCAGACCUGCAUGGCCAUGGAGAGCAUGGAUGGAAUGCUGAGUCGCUGCCAGAGGCGAGUGAUGAAGCAGGAAAUGAUGCGACCCUCCAACACGGUCCAUCUGCUGGUUCUGUGCGAGGAGCAUCGGGCCGGCAUGGUCAAGCACCACUGCUGCCCUGGAUGUGGACUCUUCUGCAGGACGGGCAGCUUCAUGGAGUGCCGGCCGUACGGCAGCAUCUCCCACCGCUUUCACCGCGACUGCGCCUCCAUCUUGAGGGAUCUCAGGUUUUGCCCCCACUGCGGAGAGGACGCCAGCGGGGCGAAGGAGGUCACAGCGACGAAGGCCGAUCCGUCUCCCUCCGUACCCAGAUCAAACCCCGGGCCGCCGAUUCCGGCCGUGCCCACCGUGGCCACCCUGCCAUCAGUACCGACCGCGCCUGCUGUUCCGCAGAUUCUCCGAGCUAAGAAGACCAGCGCGCCGCAGAGGGGCAGAGACGAGAGCCCCAGCAGGUUAAAUAGCGAGGCUGUGUGUGCUGCAGAUAGACUACCUAAAGAGUCACUGGAGAGCAUCCUGAUGGCACUGGAUGAUGAGAACCUGAAACCAAAGAAAGUGAAGUACCCCACCAGACAGCUGUACAUCUCUGCUAAACAAGGAGAGCUCCAGAAGGUCAUUCAUCUCCUAGUUGAUGGGAAGGACCCCAACUUCUUGAUGGAGGGCCACAAUAAAGGCACCCCUCUUCAUGCAGCAGCUGCUGAGGGUCACCAGGAGAUCUGCCACAUGCUGGUCCAGGCUGGAGCCAACCUGGACAUGUUCGAUGAGGAGCAGAGAACGCCACUGAUGGCAGCCUCUGAAAACAACCACCUGGACACAGUGAAGUACCUGCUGAGAGCCGGAGCCGCCGUCAGCCACAAGGAUAUCAUGGGUUUCACCUGUCUGCAUCUGGCAGCUAAACUGGGACAUUGUGAUAUAGUCCAUCAUCUGCUCUCAAAGGCAUCCAAAUACAUCAACUGUCAGGAUGACGGGGGAUGGACCCCCAUCACCUGGGCCAUCGAGUACAAGCACAAGGAGCUGGUCCAGCUGCUUCUGUCCAGAGGGGCCGAUGUUAACAUCAGAGACAAGGAAGAGAAUGUCUGCCUGCACUGGGCAGCUCUUUCGGGCUGCGAUGACGUCGCCCAGGCUCUGCUGGAGGCUCGAUGCGACCUCAACGCUGUCAAUGUUCACGGUGACUCGGCGCUUCAUGUUGCUGCCAGAGAGAACCACCUGGAGUGUGUCAUGUUGUUUCUGUCUCGUGGAGCUGACGUCAAUCAGAAGAACAGGGAGGGAGAGACGGCUCUGGACUGCUGCGUCUGCAGCUCCAAGGUUUGGACGGCCCUCAACACCAACAAGAAGCUGACUGACGCCAGGAGAGGCAGGGACUUUCACGGGGAAAGAGUGCUCAGCAGGGACAUUUCUCGGGGGUACGAGGCAGUUCCCAUCACCUGUGUUAACGGUGUGGACAGCGAGCCAAGCCCUGAAAACUUUAAAUACAUACCUGACAACUGUGUCACCUCCCCACUGAACAUAGACAAGGACAUCACUCAUUUACAGCACUGCAGCUGUACAGACGACUGCUCAUCCAGUACCUGCAUGUGUGGUCAGCUCAGUCUGCGAUGUUGGUAUGACAGUGAGGGUCGAUUACCACUUGACUUCUGUCAGAGGGAGCCCCCAGUGCUGUUUGAGUGCAACCAUGCCUGCUCCUGUUGGAGGACCUGCAGGAACCGAGUGGUCCAGAACGGACUGAGAGCCCGGCUGCAGCUCUUCAGGACACAGAAGAUGGGCUGGGGAGUGAGGGCCAUGCAGGAUAUCCCUCAGGGAACAUUCAUUUGCGAGUAUGUCGGGGAGAUCAUCACUGAUGCAGAGGCCGAUAAAAGGGAGAAUGACUCUUUCCUCUUCACCCUCGACAAUAAGGUGGGAGACGUACACUGUAUUGAUGCGAGACUCUUUGGCAACAUCGGCCGCUUCAUCAACCACCUGUGUGAGCCCAACGUGCUGGCUGUGAGGGUGUUCACCAUGCACCAGGAUCUACGCUUCCCCAGGAUAGCCUUCUUCUCCAGCAGGCCCAUCAAAGCUGGAGACCAAAUAGGGUUUGACUAUGGUGAUCACUACUGGAGGGUGAAAAGCAAGUACUUCAGCUGCCAGUGUGGGUCUCUCAAGUGUCGUCAAUCAGCUGGUAGCAGAUAGAAACUCCCUUUUUCUGCCUGGACACAUUCUGCCGCUUUGACCUCUUUAAUGUCAGAAACACUGUCUUCUGAACCAGAUACCACGUAAGAGUGAUGCUUUGAUUACGUGAACACCAAUGGGAGUUUCUGGUAUUCACCUGAAUUCACAAUUUUAAGGCAACAAAUCAAAGAUAAAAAAUUGUGAAAAUCUGUCAUCUCAGAGCAAAGGAUCUAACUUAUUUAUACACCUAAUACGGUUACUUUUCUAUAUAAAGAACACUGCAGCUUGCCGCCAGCCAGAAAUACUGUAUGUGAGAGUGUGUUUAACUAGCCAAUAAUCAGGUUCAAUAAUUUUAAUAGAGGAUUUUAACAUUCAUGGACUAUUCCUUUAAUACUGCAAAGUGUUAUAUUUGUGGAUUAAUGAAGUGAAGUGAUGUUUCCGUAGUCUGAUCUCUUCUACGAGCGUGCUUUUUCUACAUGUCUAAUUUUCAAUUAAACACAUUUUAAAGCA